UACGUACUGGAUGUAUAAUAUAAACGCACGGAUGAAGUAUAAACAUGCGUAUUUGUUCUUUCAUAUUGCAAGAGGAAACUAGCAGAAAGCAGAAACAGAAAGCCUGGUCGCAGCUUGAGGUUUGUCACUAUGGGGGAAGAAGCAAAAAGAUAUGCGGUAGUGACGGGAGCUAACAAGGGGCUAGGGUUUGGGAUAUGCAAGAAGUUGGCAGCAAGAGGGGUGAGGGUGGUGCUCACUGCAAGAGAUCACAAGAGAGGAUUGGAAGCAGUUGAGAAGCUCAAAGAGUUUGGAAUGUCAGACUUUGUGGUGUUUCAUCAGCUUGAUGUCACCGACCCUUCAAGCAUUGCUUCUUUGGCUUAUUUCAUCUCCACUGCCUUUGGCAAACUUGACAUCCUCGUGAACAACGCGGGAGUCUCUCCAGGUACGGUGAACGGCGAAGCUUUGUUCAGAAAAGUUAGUGGGGAGGAAAUAGAUUGGGAUGAAAUAGUAAAAUGCAACGUGGAGAUGUCAAAACUGUGCGUUGAGACCAACUACUUCGGUGCUGCUAGAGUGACUGAAGCCCUCCUCCCCAUGCUUCACCUAUCCCCUUCUCCCACCAUUGUCAAUGUCACCUCUCUUGCUGGACUCAUCAAGCACAUAAAAAAUGAGCGCACUCGAGAAGUACUGAGUGACUUGGAGAGUCUCACCAGAGAAAAACUAGACGAGGUGGUGAGUGAGUUCAUGAAGGACUAUGAAGAAGGAACGUGGAAUGAAAAAGGAUGGCCAACCAUGGCCCCGGCCAAUACAGUGGCCAAAACAGCCCUCAAUGUGUACACCAGAUUAAUGGCUAACAAGUACCCGAGUUUCCGAGUUAACUCAGUGUCUCCAGGCUUCGUGAAGACUGAUAUGACUCACAACUAUGGCUUCUCAACUGUUGAUGAAGCUUCUGAACAUAUCCUCAGAUUAGCUCUUCUGCCUCCCACAGGUCCCUCUGGUCUCUUCUUUGAUAAGGACAAAGCCACUCCCUUGGAAUAAUAUAUCAGCUCUUAUUUUGGUCUGCUAAGAAUCAGCAUGCAUGUCUAUAUGCUUUUGUUUCAAAUUAGUUAUGUCUUCUCUUAAUUCCACGGUUGAAUCCUUAUACUAUGAAGCCAUCUGGAUGGAAUAAAAUCCUUCCCUUUUUUC